ACUUUGAUAUGAAAGUGUAAACAAAACGUAUAUUAUAUCCGGUUUUUUUUCUUCAUCCUGAAAUAUUAAUAAUAUUUAUCUAAAAAUUCCGUAUAAGGAAGGAGUUUAGAUAUAAUUUUAUACAAAAUCAACUGAGUUGGUUUCUUUUAAUAUAGCAUUUAAAAUCAUUAAUAGAAAUACCUUAUCAUUCUACGAUGUCAAAGGAACUCCUCCAAUUCGUUCCAUUCUCAUCUGCUGUGGAUGCAGGAUUUUGGUAUCAGCUAACUAAAAAGAAAUUGGAUGUAUUUAAAUUGAAUGAUGCACCUGUUGACAUCUUUGGAUUCUAUUCUUACAAUAGUUCACUUACAUCAUUGCCUCCAAUUGCAAAUAUUGAUUAUUCUGCUUUUGAUAAUGACAUUCAAAUACCACCCAGCAGUUUUCCUAUGAAGGGAGUUUUAAUCAAUACUAAUACUUUAGAAGACUUUAAAGUGAAGGAUAAAAAAGCUUUGCUUCAAUCUGUGGGUGACAAUAUAUGGCAAGCUAUAACAAGUGGAGCUGUAUUGGAUAACCCAUUAAUGUUGCAAAGCUUGCUGUGCUUAACAUUUGCAGAUAUAAAGAAGUAUCAUUAUUACUACUGGAUAGCUUUUCCAGCUGUUAAUUACCCAGAUUCCACUGUUUGCAAGGAGACAAAGAAAUUCUGUGAUUACUUUACUUCAGAUGAGGUAUCUCAAUUUUUAAAAUCUUAUGAUGCAUUGCUUCCGUCUGACAAAACCCUAUUCCUAGUGUUUAAAGAAAAUAAUGGCUGUACUGUUCAUAACUUGAAAGAAUAUGAAAACCUAAAGACAAAUAAUGGAAAAAUUAUGUUGGGAUUUAGUGAUCCAUCCAGAUAUGAGAAACAUCCUGGAUGGCCUCUGAGAAAUGCAUUAGCUUUAGUUGCAUAUCAUUGGGGAAAAGAUCAAGCUAAUUGGGAUGUGGUUUGCUUCAGAGAAUACAUUAAAGAUGGACAAAGGUUUAACGAUCAAAGUAUUGUUAUUUCCAUUGAAAUGAAUGUGGGAACUCUUCCAAAAGAAUGUCCAGAAGUAGUUGGCUGGGAAAAGCAUAAAUCAAAGCUUACACCUCGAAAAGUAGAUAUGAGUUCCAGUAUGGAUCCAACAAAAUUAGCUGAUGCUGCUGUUGACCUUAACUUGAAGCUUAUGCAUUGGCGCCUUGUUCCUGAUCUUGAUCUGCAAGUUAUCAAAUCAUCUAGUUGCUUAUUAUUUGGAGCUGGAACUCUGGGAUGCAAUGUUGCAAGAUGUUUAUUGGGUUGGGGUGUUCGAAAGAUUACUUUUGUUGAUAACUCAUUUGUAUCAUUCUCUAAUCCUGUGAGACAAACCUUGUUUAAGUUUGAAGAUUGUCUGCAAGGUGGCAAGCCAAAAGCAGCAGCAGCUGCUGAUGCUCUUAAAAGUAUCUUUCCAGGUGUUGAAUCUGAAGGUAAAACACUGAGUGUACCUAUGCCUGGCCAUCCUGUGUCAGAAAACUUACUGGACCAAGCUCGUGAAGAUGUGGCACAAGUAGAACAAUUGAUAGCAGACCAUGAUGUCAUAUUCCUCUUAACAGAUACACGAGAAAGUCGUUGGUUGCCAACAUUAAUUAGUGCUUCAAAAGGAAAGAUAGUUGUCAAUGCAGCCCUUGGUUAUGACACAUUUUUGGUGAUGCGCCAUGGUUAUAGACUGCAAGGCGAUAAAGGCUGUGGGGAUCAGCCUAUUUCUACACUAGAAGAUGGGAAUGAUCUUGGUUGCUACUUCUGUAAUGAUGUUGUUGCUCCUGGAAACUCUCUAGCUGACAGAACAUUAGAUCAACAAUGUACAGUUACUCGGCCAGGAGUAUCUUAUAUAGCUGCUGGCAUUGCUGUAGAGCUUGCAGUGUCCAUUCUUCAACAUCCCAAGAAAGCUUUGGCUCCUGCGACUACUUCUGAUCCUAGUACUUUGAAAUUGAACACUGAAUUCUGUACUCCUCUUGGUAUUGUUCCACAUCAGAUUCGGGGGUAUUUGGAUCGAUUUCAAAAUAGACUUCUGAUCAGUAAAUCAUUUAAACAGUGUACUGCAUGCUCCCCAACGGUUUUAGAUGAAUACAAGAAACAUGGAUUUGAUUUUGUCCUGAAAGUCAUGAAUACAUCUGGUUAUCUUGAAGAAAUCACAGGUCUGAACAAACUCAUGGAGAAUGUUAACGAAGAUGAGGUCCUUGUUUUCAGUGAUGAUGAUGAUUUUUAAUGCCAUAACAUAACCCAGUGAUAUUUAAUUCAGCCUUAUGGAUUGAUAACAGUCAGAUGGAAAAAGAAAUGCCCAGAUGAUAGGCAGAUAUUUUAUGCACAAAAUUGUUUUUUUAUUUCACUGCUACUGUACUGCAAUAUCAUUAUAAGAAUGCAAAUUCUUUUCUGAUUUGCAAUUUUUACAGACUGUGGCACAAUAGCAAUUGAUUGCCAGCAGUAUUAUAAUACACCUGUAUUAUAUUUAUUUAAUAUAUAUUUUAUAUAUUCUGCUAUGCUUUUUGCAAAGCAGCCAAUUUGUAUAAAAUUAAUUAAAGAUGGCUUUUAUUAGCUUAA